UUAUUUAGGGUAUUUAAGCCAAUAUCCAAACAAAGCCGGAAGCAGAUGAAUAUAAAUAGCGAGUAUGGUUGUCAAGUGCUUCAAUGCUGGUAUAGUCCUUAUUAUUCAACUUAGUUUUUCGACGAUCCUAUCGAUUUUGGUUGAUUUCCAGGCGUUCGAGUUUGAAGUUUUAAGAUUUGAAGAUGAAACGAAACAUAACAAGAUCUGGGAUGUGUCAAAGUUCAGAAUUAAGAAGCUACAACCAGGAGUUUAUGCAUGCUCAGGUCAGUUAGAGCUCCUGCAAACGCUGGGAAAGAAAUCACAGAUCGCGGUCAAAUUUUUCUACAGCCAGAAUGGUGGAGGUGCGAUGACAUUGCUGCCGUUUCAUAUAGGCCCACAAUUCGGAUGUGAUUUCCUAAAUAAUGAAUACAAAAAAUAUCUCUCGGAUUUUCCCGACUCAUCUGACUUUCCGAAAAUAGGAGAUGAUUACUAUUGUCCGUUGCCGAAGGGUGUGUACAAAAUAAACUCAUACAGAUUCAAUACAACUACAGUUCCAAAAGUUUUGAAACCAGGAUACUACAAAAUUCAAGGGACUAUAGAUGGAGACAGCGGAGAUACAUGUACGAUGAGUAUUUUCGCCAAAAUCACAAUAUCACAAACCAGUCUACAAAGGUAAGCCUACGUUGUCAGCACUUCAGCAAUAUGGUUAGCGAGAAAUCACAGUCUGCAGGAUAAUAUAUUAUAUAUAUGUAUUUCACCAUUUUGCCACUGUAAGUAAAUGUCAUUAAAAGGA